CAUUUUGUCCAUCUCUCUCACAAAUUCCUCCCUCUGUCUCUCUCAUUCCUUCUCAACUCAGUGACUCACACUAAUCUCUCUCCUCCUCAAAUUAAAAUUAGAAGUUUGAUCAGAAAAUGACGGUCGGAUUAUGUAACGCUAAUCCGGUGGUCCACGCUAAGAAAGAUAGAGUCGCCCGCACUGAAGACACUGCCGCCGACACCUCCUCCGCCGUUGACCCUCUCGACGUCUAUGAUCAUGUGAGGGAUAUAAGAGAUCCGGAGCAUCCAUAUUCACUGGAGCAACUUAGUGUUCUUACUGAGGAUUCUAUUACUGUUGAUGAUAAUCUUGCUCGUAUUUUGAUAACAUUCACCCCAACCGUCCAACAUUGCAGUAUGGCGACUGUUAUUGGCUUGUGCCUAAGAGUUAAGCUAAAGCAUUACUUUCCUCCUCAUUAUAAGGUUGACAUCAAAGUAUCCCCUGGCUCUCAUGCAGAUGAAGGAUCAGUGAACAAACAAUUGAACGAUAAAGAGAGAAUUGCAGCUGCUCUAGAAAAUCCAAACCUUCGCCAUCUUGUGGAUGAGUGCCUCUCUUCCAAUGAAGUAAUUAACUUCAAUUAGUUGCAGUGUUGUUAUGUAUGUACAGAUGUACAGUAAAAACCUUUGUAACUUAGUACGAGUAUGAAAUAUAGUGAGACUUGGCUUGUAUUCUUGUAAUGAUGUAUUGUGAAUUACUAAAUGCUGUUUGUAAGCUGAGAAGUGCACGUCUUUUGCUGUCUAAUGUAAUGUAUGCUACUUGCUGUAUCAUUAAGGGCUUGUAAUCAGUUCUUAUUGAUCCGUAUAUUGUGUCGGGUUAGUUCGUA